AUGGCGCUAAGCACAAAAGGCAAAGCACCACAAACUGAACAAAAUGAGGAACUCAACAAGAGCUGGGCUGACGUGAUGGAACACGAACAGGCCACAGAAAUUUCGUCUUCCCUUGAAGAAACAACUGAUACCACUAAUAAUAACACUUCAGAAAAUUCCACAAAUAUCCACACAGAAGAUCUUAUGGAAAACCCAGUAGAUAAGGGAGAUAAUCAAUCACCCGAUCACCAGGUUCACAAUCACAAUAAUGAAGCCACCCAACCUGAAUACAAAGAAUCUUUAAGAGAAAAUAAGAAGACACUGCCAACCUCAAUUAGCUUACUUUCAACAAAGGCUAAUAAUGAGAAAAGAUCAAAUGCAGAAAAGGAUACAACUGAUGGUAAAAUUGUCUCAUCUCCACCACCAAACUUGGCAGAGGCCAGCACGAACAGGAUAACAACUGCGCACAAUUCAACCACAGAACUACUAGACAAGAAACAACCCACUCCAGUGAAUAUGGCAACAGCGUCAGAUUCCCUGGCAGAACUGGACCUAUUGGAAGAACCUGUUGAUAAAAAAAAAACACUUACAUCAAUGUUGGAGGAAGAACUCCAAAACAACUCGAUGUCGAUUGAUGCAGACAUACAUGACAGCUUAGAGGGAUUCACCCCAGUAAUACGCAAGAAAAAGAAGAAAAUCAAGACUUCUUUGGAGGAUUCAAAUAGACCAAGUUCUUAUCAGAAGCCAAUAACAAAAAACAUUAAAUUGAUCUAA